UUGAGAGUCUGGAAGUCUGCAAGUUUUCAGAUGUACAAAUUUUCAAAUUUAGAAGUUCGGGAGUUUGGGAGUCUGGAAGUCUGCAAGUUUUCAGAUCUUCAAAUUUUCAAAUGUACAAUUUGGAAAUUCACUGAUUUUCAAAUUUAGAAGUUUGGAAGUUUGAGAGUCUGGAAGUCUGCAAGUUUUCAGAUCUACAAAUUUUCAAAUUUACAAUUUAGUACACUUUGAAAUUGUUGAGGUUAGAAAUUUAAACACUUGUGGACUUAGAAAUAUUCCAAUUGAGAGAAAAUUCAGAAAGUCUCAAGUGAAGUAAUAAGAAAUGUUCAAACACAGAAUUCUGCAGAAAUUUUCAAUUGAAGGAGUCCUUCAAAUUUAGAAACUCGAUGUUGCAAAACGAAGCAAACAUUGUCGCUGCAACCCAGAGUAUACAUAUUACAAGAUCUUGAAAUGUUGGUCAACCCGAGUUCGAAAAAUGGCGCCAAAAGAAGAUACGAAACAACGGUUGCACAAAAUGGAGAUCGAAGCACAAUGUAAAACGGCAAGGUCGUUAAUGUUGCGCAACAGUCGUAAUAAUUAAUCUGUACUUUCUCUAUAGCGUGUCUCUUCUUCAUUUCCAGCAGGAGAAUUUCACUCGCACGUUGGAACGGCUUUUCGAAGGAAGGCUAACGAGAUGUGUGUGUUGGUGCGUGCAUGCACGAGUUCACACAGGCGACUGAUGUAAUUUUUUUUUUACCUGUUACGAAAUACACCGGACGUUUAUCACGAAAGUCACGUAGGCAAACGAGAAAGAGGAUUCUUCCGUGUAAGAAAGUUCCGCAGACGAAUCUUGUGGAGGCCUACUUCUCUCAAUAACAUAUGGUUGAUCACGUGUUUGUGUGGUUAGGUGAAAUGCUUAAUGAAAGAAGUUUGACAUUGUUCAUUGAAGAUUUGAUUGAAGAUUUUUUGUGGAAGAUUAGAUGGAAGAUUUUCUUAUAGGAACAAGCAACAAGUGUUUCGAUAAGAGUGAAUCAUUCGAAAGUGAAUCUCCUUUGAUUCACAUCAAAAUAACGCAUCCUUGUCGAAACGAGUUCACGAACAAGACAACAUCUGAUGCAUGCGAUGAUACACGAAAUUCUGCCGAUCCGAAAGAAAGCAAGGAAACGAAACAAGUUGUGCGAGAUGUAGGACAAGUUUCCACGAAGGAAUCACGGAUUGUUCCGUAUAAGACAUCUCUUAAUCAAAAGAGAACAUCAACAAAGAUAUGGUCAUCUGCGAUGAGAGGUAAACUAAACAGAAUUAAGAGUUCCUCGACAGAAUUAUGUGGAAGCUCAAAAGUGGUGCGGGCACAGGUCGAAGUGAAUCCUUCAUCAUCGUCGUCGAAUGAGGCUUCUGAUAUUCACGGACAUAUUCACAGCAAUUCUUCGCGAUUAACUUCCAGUCAAAGCAAUUUGGCCGAUGAAAAAGUCAGGAAGCUGUCAUCGGUCGCCGUCAAAAAAUGGAAGAACUUAAAGAGGACGCUAAUUUGCUCGAGGUCCGAAAAGUCGACGGUGCAAAAAGAAGCAGGCAAGGAAGGACUAACUGUCCCCACGCACAAUUCCACAUCAAGAUACUCGCCUCUCCAAAAGAGUCGCCUAGUUGACGUGUCAACCUCGACCAGGCUGAGUGCCAACGUGCAAAAUGAACCGAUGACGAAGAACAACCUCGAAAACUCAAACGAAUCUCAAAAAGUCCGUCGAUGUUCGAGCGCGGAAGCCCUGCAAGAAAUAGCAUCCCUCAUCCAGAGUCAAUCGAUCAACGGCACAUCGAUCUGCGACGUGAAGAUCAAAGGAUUGACGAUGAACCAAACUGACCUGAUGAAUCUCUUCCAGGCGACCAAUCAGAGCGGUACACCGUCAAUUAUCGCCACGGAAGAAGCUUCUAUCAUCUCCAUCAAGUUCCAUCGCGGAAGCAGCUCGAAGAACACCUCGUACUACGAGUGUCCUCUGAGAAAAAUUUAUAGGAAACUCCCGGAAUUAUUCGAGGAUCUGUCCUUUUCUGAGUUGUUGAAGUCAGAAGAGGUCGAAAAGUCCCAUCGUGCUACUCCUGCUAUACAGGUGUCCGAAUAUUCGGACAGAAUGAACGACUCGAGGAACGAGACGAGUUAUAUCGAUUUGCCGAAGUUGAGGAAUGGUUUGAUGGCGGAAGAGGUGUUUACUAGACGGAGGACUUCGAGGCGGUUUAAUGGAAGGUGAACUAAUGGAUCGAUUCUUGAUUUUGUCGAAAUUAUUUGGUAUUGUAGUAUUGUAGUAUUUAUUGGCUUUUUAUUGCAAUUUUACAAUCAUGACGUUUGAAUUUCUUAGUGGGAAUUUGUAAAGUUUGUAAUGUAGGGGAAAUUUGGGUAGUUUCGACGUGUUAUGUUAGUGUAUGGGAUUAUCUAAUGUUGGGGGGUAGACUAUCAAGCGUUGAAUCGCCACUUGCUAAAUUACUACGCUUUGUAGUGUCACGCGUUGUAUUGUCACGCGGCCCUAUUGUUACGCGCCGUAUUGCCACGCGCCAUAUUAUCACGCGUCGUAUUGUCACGCGUCGUACUCUCGCACGUCGUAUUGUCACGCGUCGUGUCGUCACACAUCGUACUCUCACGCACUGUAUUGUCUCGCGUCGUAUUCUCACGCAAUGUAUUAUCACGCGUCGUAUUGUCACGCGUCGUACUCUCACGCGUCGCACUGUCACGCGUCGUGUCGUCACACGUCGUACUCUCACGCGUUGUAUUGUCACGCACUGUAUUGUCACGUCUCUUACUCUCACGCGUCGUAUUGUCACGCGUUGUAUUAUUACACGUCGUACUUUCACGCGUCGUAUCGCCACGCGUCGUACUUUCACGCGUCGUAUCGCCACGCGUCGUAUUGUCAAACGUCGUACUCUCACGCGUUGUAUUGUCACACAUCGUACGCUCACACGUCAUAUUAUCACGCGUCGUGUCGUCACACAUCGUACUCUCACGCACUGUAUUGUCACGCGUCAUAGUGUCUCGCGUCGUAUUGUCACGCAAUGUAUUUUCACGUGCCAUAUUGCCACGCAAUGUAUUUUCACGUGACGUAUUGCCACGAGUUGAAUGUCGAAUGUCGAGUAACCGUAAGAAUUUGAUUAAACAAAAAUAGAAUAUAUAAGAUUCUGUUCGACAAAGUGAUUUUUUUAUUGAUUCUGAGAAGGUGAACAGGAAUCCCUGUCAAGAUUCCUAGUUCUCUUUGCAGAAAUUCUUACUAAGAAUUACUGUAAUAUAUAAUUAAGUGAGUCUCUUAUGACUUGGACUAGGUAUUAAUUACACUGAUCAUGGAUCUUACACUUAAUUGAUUAAUUGUUAUUUGAAUUAAUGGUAGCAAUGUAAUAUCAGGAAUUAUCGGGGAUUUUACGUGCUUUUUUGAUUUGAGAUUGACUUAGUGUUCUAAUUUAUCAAUUUUGACUGUUUAACUCAUGAAAAAGAUCGCUUUUUUAUCGACUUUAAUUUUAGGUUUAGUUUUAUGUAGUUUUGUAGUCAUUUGAUGUAGUUUUCAUGUGUGACAGACCUAUUAUUUUAAAACUUGUUAAAUUCCUGACAUUACAUAGACUAUCAUUAGUUAAAGACAAGAGAAUUAUU